AUGGCAUCCACUUCUUCCUUCCUCCGUUCGCCGGCCUCCUUCCAGCCGGCCACCGGAGCCUGCGGCCACGUCUGCUGGGCCCAGCCGUUGGCACCCCCCAAACCGCACCGCUCGCCACUCCCGCCGACGGCCACGCCCGGGGUGCCGCGCAGGCUCCUCCUGCCGGCCGCCGCUGGCAUCUGGGACUUCCUCUCCGGCGGUGCGGCCGGUGCGGCCGGUGCAGCGGCCGCGCCCCUUGCCGUCCGGCGCGGUAUGGAGCUCUUCAAGCAGGGAGAUGUGGCUGGGUCAGUGGCGGAGUUCGAUCGCGCGAUCGAGUUGGAUCCGCGGCAGAAAGCGUAUCUCUGGCAAAGGGGACUGUCACUGUAUUACCUCGACAGGUUCGAGGACGCCGCGGAGCAGUUCAGGCUGGACGUUGCUGCCAACCCCAAUGACACCGAGGAGUCCAUAUGGUGUUUCCUGUGUGAAGCUCAGCUGUAUGGGGUGGAGGAAGCAAGGAAUCGCUUCUUGGAGGUCGGUUUAGAUCGAAGACCCGUGAUGCGCGAAGCUUACGCCUUGUUCAAAGAUGGUGGGGACCCUGAAAAGUUAGCUUCAAAUUUUUCUAGUAGCUCUGGUGGUGAACUCUUCUAUGCAUCAUUAUACGCUGGGCUUUACUAUGAAUCUCAGAAGGACGCAGAUCUGGCGAAAUCUCAUAUUGUUGCUGCAUGCAAGACACCUUAUGGAUCAAGGUCUGGUGAUUACAUGGCUUCCCUUGCAGUGGUUCAUUGUCAGUGCCGCAACUGGACCCUCGAGGAAUAG